GCCUGCCUCAGACACCCAGAACUCCAGAACACGACAGAGUUUGUUAAAGGAAGCUUUGAAGAAGCUGAUGAAACUGAAUUGAGAUGAUUUCUUGGCUGGUUCUCCGUGGCAGCAGAGCCGGCGGGUCGGUGUGUCCCAGCACGGCAGCUCCGGGCAGCGGCGGGAGCUCCUGUUUAUCCAGAGAGAGAGCCGCCCUGCAGCAGCUGAACAGGAGGCUGGCUUCAUACCUGCAGCAGGUCAAGCAUCUCGAGGCAGCCAAUCAGAGGCUGGAGCAUCAGAUUGAGGAGGAGCUGGACAGAAAGUGUCCCCGAGAGUUGAGGUGGCUGGACGGACACCUGAGGACCGCCUCCCUGCUGCAGGGCCAGAUCAGUGAAUGUCUCUCGGCCCAGGCUCAGGCAAAGCUUCAGUUACUCGAAGCAGAACUCACCGUCUUCAACCUCAAAGAAAGGUGCCAAAAGGUGCGUGAGCAGCGUACUCAGCUGGAGGCGGAGCUUAGUGACCUCGGGCUGCUGGGGGAGGUCCUGAAAGUUCACAGUCUGCCUGAGCUUCAGAAUCCUCUGAAUGAGCAAAAGCAAGAGAAAGCGGAUCUGCAGACUCAACACCAGCAGGAUAUGCAGGUUCUUCUGGCCCAGAUAUCAGUGAUGUGCUGA